AUGAAUUUCCCUCUUCAGCUUUCACCAGGAGCGGACACGGAUGAAUCGGCACAUGAUGAUUCAGCAAGUCUGAUGCAGUCUCUUGUUGAAUUAACGCAGAUCAUGACCAAUGCUCAUGAUAUUCUAUAUCCAAGCAAAAGCAGAACUGCUGUUCUCGUUAGACAAGGGGAGUAUUUCUUGUUCUUGGAUCAUUUUAGAAGAGCGUUGGACAGCUACAAGUCAAUAUGGAAACCUAAGAAAUGGUCAAAUCCGACUUUGCAUGAGCUCAGUUGGAUGACUUAUCAAUUUGUCAGACUGUACAUAUCGUCUUUUGGUUAUUCAGCUCAUGUAAAAAGAGCUCAAUGGCGUGCCGAAGCAGAAGCUCAAGCCGGAAGAGAUGGUGCUCGUCAAUCCGUUCAGCUAUUUCCAAGGGGUUCUGCAACUUCACCCGACGCUAUAUAUAUCUACGAAUCCAUCGGAUCAGCUAAUGAAAUCAUGGCCAUUGCCCUUCGACUAUCACAAAUGGGAUCUUUACGUUUCUUACCUUCAAGAUAUCUCAUCAAUAUAUCGUAUGCUGCUGUAUUCGCACUCAAGAGUAGUUAUUCUGGUGCAGUUACUGGAGAUGAUAUGACUAGAAUUCGAGAUCUCGUCGAUCACGUUUGUGCAGCACUUGUGUUAGCAUGUCCAGAUAAAGACCACCCCGCCAACAAAUAUGGCCAGAUGUUACGAAUGCUGUCAAAGAGACUCGAACAGCUCUCAGAUGCUAGUGCUGUACCUUCUCGUUUCCCUUCGCCUGAGCCACUGUCAAUGACUCCAUUACCCGCGAAUGCGUAUUCCGAACCGACACCGUUACCCUGGACUCUACCUACCGAGAAAUUAGACACCCAGCCAAUCCCAUUCCAAUUCCCCACGUUUGAAUUCAGUUCCUUGCCAUCGACGAGUACUCCUAUGAAUGGAAACGAUCAUGUGGCGAACUUGGGUUUAGGUCUCGGUGCUGCAAGUGCGAAUGUCAGACCAGAAGUGAAUGGUAACAACGGUGUGGGACAGGAGGGCUUAUUCGAUUUCGAAACGAAUUUCGACUUUGACUUGAAAGGUUUUUGGGAUGAUUUCACGCUUGGGGAAGGAAGUGGUUUCCCUUUCAGGUAA